AUGGAUCAUGGAGCAAGAUCAAGAUUCAAAAGUGUGUGCGUUUUCUGUGGUAGCAGUGCUGGCAAAAGAGACUGCUACAAAGAUGCUGCUCUUGAUUUAGGCCAAGAACUGGUGGCAAGAAAACUGGAUCUUGUUUAUGGUGGAGGGAGUGUUGGAUUAAUGGGACUGGUUUCUAAGCAAGUUUACAAUGGUGGUGGCCAUGUUUUAGGAAUUAUUCCCAAAACUCUCAUGUGCAAAGAAAUAACUGGUGAAACCGUAGGUGAAGUUAAAGCAGUAGCUAACAUGCAUCAAAGGAAAGCAGAGAUGGCACGACAUUCUGAUUGUUUCAUUGCCCUUCCAGGUGGAUAUGGGACAUUGGAGGAAUUAUUGGAGGUCAUUACAUGGGCUCAACUAGGGAUUCAUGACAAGCCUGUGGGGUUGUUGAAUGUGGACGGAUUUUACAAUUCCCUACUGACAUUCAUCGACAAAGCAGUGGAUGACGGUUUCAUAAAGGCAGUUCAACGUCAUAUCGUUGUAUCUGCCGCAACUGCAAAAGAACUUGUACAAAAACUCGAGGAUUACGUGCCGAUGCAUGAUGGAGUGGUGUCUAAGGCAAGAUGGGAGGAUGAACAACUGGAGUUAAAUGCGACUUUACACAGCGAAUUAGCAAGAUGAAAAUGACAAAUUUA